UCUUCAAAAAAGAAAUUCUCGUUCAGGCGCUAGUUGGCCACCACCUGCGGCGUCAUACAGGACCCUUCAGAACAACAUGGCGGCCACUAGUACGAAGUCGGUUUUGUUCGUUUGCUUGGGGAAUAUUUGCAGAUCCCCCAUCGCUGAAGCAGUCUUCAGGAAGAUGGCAACAGAUGCUGGCGUAGUUGAUAAGUGGGUCAUAGACAGUGGUGCCACAUCCGACUGGAAUAUAGGCAGCUCACCGGACGCCCGCGGUCUGGCCUGCCUAAGGAAGCAUGGCAUUGAGACGAGCCACAGGGCCCGACAGGUGACCAAGGAUGAUUUCAUGAGUUUUGAGUACAUUCUCUGCAUGGAUGAGAGCAAUUUGAGUGAGUUGAACAGAAAAGCAAACUUGGUGAAAAACUCCCAGGCAAAGAUUGAGCUUCUUGGUUCGUUUGACCCUCAGAAGCAGCGGAUCAUCAAAGACCCGUAUUACGGGAGUGACGAGGACUUUGAGAAGGUGUAUGAACAGUGUGUACGUUGCUGCAAAGCCUUUCUGGAGAUGAACUCCUAACAACAUCUCACCUCAAAUGAUCUUUGUUGAAGCUGUUGGAUGAACAAGAAAAAUCAACCAAAUAUGCUUUGGCUCUAUCACACAAGCACUCAUCAGUAUAAUCCUCUUGCAGAUGUCGCUGAAAGAACCAGAACACUUUGUUUCAGUGUUGUAAAUGUUAUACAAACCACACAUUGUGUACAUUUUGAAAGAUGCUGCAUGGACAAGUUUGUUGUCUGUAAAUUCACGUGAUUAAUAAAAUAGAUAAAUGAG